UCUGCGCCUUCCGGAAGCUUCUUCCAGACUGUGCCCAGUUCCAACAGGUGCUUUCUUCACCUGGAUACUGCUCAGGUCCUCCUCUGAUUCAAGUGAUCUGCCUGCAGAUCAUCUUUAGCCCUAGCUAAAGAUUCCUCCUCCAGGACUCUGUGCCCAGGGCCGCCUGGCAUCUGGGGGUCUCCUUGGAGGCAGAGCUCUUCUGGCAGAGGCCAAAGCUCACCAGUUCUUCCAGCCCCUCCAUGAGUGCAGCAAACAACACCACUGUGGGGCCCUCGGAGUUCCCCACAGCAUCAGCCAUGUCCCCUGGACCAAUCACUGGGACCCGGGCAUGGCCUGUGCUGGUAGGGGUUGUGCUGGGGGCUGUGGUGCUCUCUCUCCUCAUUGCACUUGCUGCCAAAUGCCACCUCUGCCGCAAAUAUUAUGCCAGCUACCAGCACCGCCCACUGCCCAGGCCAGGGAAGGGCUUCCGCCAGGAGAUGGGAGAUGAUGAUGACGAUGGCUUCAUUGAGGACAAUUACAUUCAGCCUGGCGGGCUGGGGACAGGGAGUAGCAGGGACCACUUCUCCCUCUGAGCCCUGAUCUUUGGACACCCCCGGCCCCCAGUGCCUGACAGCUAAGGAUAGUGGAUUCUACAUGGGAACCACGAGCCUCAGGGACAGAGGUGGCUAGGAUUUAAGGGAUGACCAAGGCUAGAGCGAUUCUCCCCUGAUACUAGCCACCCAAGUGACAAUGACCCUCCUGCUCAGCGACUCUCAAUGGCUGCCUGCUGUUCCCAGGGUGAAGCCUACCUAGGGCCUGACUAUGGAGAUCAGGCCUGUCAGUCUCUUAAGUUUCUUUUCUUGCCUUUCCCUUCUUUACUCCCCACUUAAUUAUUUGUUAUUCCUUCCCCUCCCACCAAUCUGUUUCUUCAUGCACAGACACUCCCAUACUCCCUCCCUCCGCUUCUUCCUCCCCACUUCCUGGUUCCGUAUCCUCUGUGACAGCGAUGAGAAACCUUCUUCCUACCUGCUGUCUUUGCAGAGGCACCCAGGUGAUCAUAUUUUAGGAGAAAACCAGCAUGCCCCGUUUCUUAUUGAAAUGUUUUCCUAUCAAUGAAGUAGAUACCUAAAUGGUUGUGUUUUUCAUAGGUCUUAAUA